AUGGAACGCUUUCCUCUGAAAUCAUCCACAAGCAAAAUGGCUACAACAUACCAGUCUGUCUACAAAAAGGGUGCAAUUAAUACAAAUGGACGCGGUGUCGUCACACCGGGCGAAGAUGAUAUGGUAGAUAUCACUCCCGGGCUGCAGCAGGCGGCCGCCACUUCGCCCACCACUCCCACCAACCACGGCACAUUUCAACUAUACGAACAUAGUGGGAGAAAUUCAAACGCCAGCACAAACUCAUACAUCGCUCAAUACUUCAAUACUUCGACCGGGGACGCUAUUAUAUUUUCCGGUAUGCAGGGAGACACAGAUGACAUCCCUGGUAUUGGUCAAUAUGAUGACUUUCAUACUAUCGACUGGCAGCGUGAUAUUGCUAGGGACCGUAUGCGGCACAGAUACAUUGUUAAAAAGAGACAAGAUUCGCUUUGGGAUCUUAUAAAAGGUGCACAUGAUGCAUGGUCAGGAUGGGUCUGUGUUCUACUAGUUGGAGUGUGUACAGGAGUUGUAGCGGGUGUUAUUGAUAUAGGAGCAUCUUGGAUGACUGAUCUUAAGUUUGGCAUAUGCUCUCAGGCCUUUUGGUUCAAUAGGGAACAAUGUUGCUGGUCAAGUGAUGAAACCACAUUUGACCAGGGUAACUGCUCUCAGUGGCUCACAUGGCCUCAAGUGUUCGGCGAAUCUCGCGAAGGAGCCGGAGCCUAUAUUAUCAGCUACCUGUUCUACAUAGUGUGGGCGCUUCUUUUUGCAGCCCUGUCGGCUUCGCUCGUCCGCAUGUUCGCGCCAUAUGCUUGUGGUUCUGGUAUACCAGAAAUAAAGACAAUCCUAAGUGGAUUUAUUAUCCGUGGCUACCUGGGCAAAUGGACACUCAUCGUCAAGGUUGUGGGGCUGAUUCUGUCUGUAUCAUCAGGAUUAUCCUUAGGAAAAGAAGGCCCUAUGGUUCACAUUGCAAGUUGUUUAGGUAACAUUCUUUCAUAUCUCUUCCCGAAGUAUGGACGUAAUGAGGCGAAAAAGCGUGAAAUUCUGUCUGCUGCCGCUGCUGCUGGUGUGUCAGUUGCUUUUGGUGCGCCUAUUGGUGGGGUGUUGUUCAGUCUCGAAGAGGUGUCCUACUAUUUCCCACUAAAGACCUUGUGGCGAUCCUUCUUCUGUGCAUUGAUAGCAGCUUUCAUUCUACGCUCAAUAAAUCCCUUUGGAAAUGAGCACUCAGUGCUUUUCUUUGUUGAGUACAACAAGCCGUGGAUAUUUUUCGAGCUGAUUCCAUUUGUUGGACUGGGAAUAAUUGGGGGCUGCAUAGCGACCAUAUUUAUAAAAGCAAACAUCUACUGGUGUCGCUACCGUAAAUACUCAAAGCUCGGCCAGUACCCAGUAACUGAGGUUCUAGUGGUUACACUAGUGACUGCAGUUAUUGCAUAUCCUAACCCGUACACUCGUAUGAAUACCAGCCAGCUAAUUUAUUUGCUAUUCAACCAGUGCGGGAUUUCGAAUUCUGAUCCUUUGUGUGAUUACAACCGCAAUUUUACGGAUGUGAAUUCGGCGAUUGAGAAGGCUGCUGCCGGUCCUGGUGUCUACAAAGCCAUCUGGUUGUUAUUCCUCGCUUUAGUCCUUAAGCUUGUCAUGACUAUAUUCACUUUUGGCAUUAAAGUGCCGUGCGGAUUGUUCAUACCCAGCCUUGCACUUGGAGCUAUCGCAGGUCGAAUUGUUGGCAUUGGUGUGGAGCAAUUGGCAUAUAAUUAUCCAAAAAUUUGGCUUUUCUCUGGGGAAUGUUCAACUGGCGACGAUUGUAUAACACCAGGGUUGUAUGCUAUGGUUGGGGCAGCAGCUGUGCUCGGUGGUGUUACUAGAAUGACAGUGUCUUUGGUGGUGAUAAUGUUUGAAUUGACCGGCGGAGUUCGGUACAUUGUGCCAUUAAUGGCGGCGGCUAUGGCGUCUAAAUGGGUGGGAGAUGCAUUGGGCAGGCAGGGUAUUUAUGAUGCUCAUAUUGCUCUCAAUGGGUAUCCGUUCCUCGAUAGCAAAGAUGAGUUCCAACACACUUCACUUGCAGCAGAUGUGAUGCAGCCAAAACGUAACGAGACGUUGGCUGUAAUCACUCAAGAUUCAAUGACAGUAGAUGACGUGGAGACUCUCCUAAAAGAAACAGAGCAUAAUGGAUACCCAGUGGUGGUGUCUAAAGAGUCGCAAUAUCUAGUCGGAUUUGUGUUACGCAGGGAUCUCAACUUGGCGAUUGCAAAUGCACGCCGAACAAUGGAGGGUAUAACUGGCCAGUCCGUAGUGGUAUUCGCCGGUAUGGUUAGCCCACCUGCCGGGCCGCCACCUUACUUACCUUUAAACCGCAUUCUGGAUAUGGCGCCAAUCACCGUCACUGACCAGACUCCCAUGGAGACUGUCGUUGAUAUGUUCCGUAAGCUUGGCUUGAGGCAAACACUCGUCACGCACAAUGGACGUUUACUAGGUGUGAUCACUAAGAAGGAUGUACUCCGACAUGUGAAGCAAAUGGAUAAUGAAGAUCCUAAUUCUGUUCUAUUCAAUUAA